AAAGAAAAAAUGGAUAUAGAAUUGACAGCCAUCUGUAUAUUGUGGUAGCUAACCAAUCCCUUUGACAAUGAGAUGAGUACUAUCCGUUUUAGUCGAUAAACAUUACCAAAUGAAACUCUACCAUAUAGAAUUCAUGCAUCCAUUGGUUUCUUAGGACACUUGAACACUUAACUAGUUAGUUGAUCUUGGGUUAGACUCACUAGACUGAUUCAUGUUCGUUUUAACUUUACAAUAUUAGCUCAAGCCAUAAAAAUAUCAUAUGAGAAAUACAAAAAUCAGAAUCUCGAGUGAAGAUAUUUUCAACUUUUUUAUAUUAAGACAUGGUUGAGAAUUUGGUCUGCCGACCAGAAAGGAGCAAUCUAGUGGGCUAAUGUUUCUUCUCUCUUUUCUUUUUUGUCAGAAGCUCAUUUGUCAGUAACCGUUUGAUUACAACGGCUAAUUCCUAAUACCAACCACGUGGCCAGGCAUACCGUAACAUACCAAUAUACAGCAACACUUGAUUAUAGCUAUAACUAAAAAGAUCAUCAACAGUUUUAUCUCUUUAAAUCACUCCUCUGUUUUUACCAUCUCUGUUUCGCUCCCUGAAGAAGAAGAAACAGAGCGUUCACAUUAUUCUUCAACACAAUCAUGGCAUUGAUCUUCUUCUUCUUGUUAUCGAAUUUGUUCUUCUCCGGAGCUUUCUCUAGGAGUUUCACAAUUGCGAACAAAUGCGAUUACACGGUAUGGCCAGGAAUACUAUCUAACGCCGGAGUACCUCCGUUGCCGACCACCGGCUUUGUUCUCCAGAAAGGUGAGACGCGUACGAUCGACGCGCCAUCUUCAUGGGGCGGUCGGUUCUGGGGAAGGACACUCUGCUCAACCGACUCCGAUGGAAAAUUUACAUGCGCCACCGGAGAUUGCGGCUCCGGAAAACUCGAAUGCUCGGGUACUGGAGCUGCUCCUCCGGCGACUCUAGCUGAAUUCACUCUCGACGGAUCCGGAGGGCUCGAUUUCUACGACGUGAGCCUCGUCGAUGGCUACAAUGUCCAGAUGCUGGUGGUUCCACAAGGCGGAUCCGGCCAGAAUUGCAGCACUACCGGCUGCGUCGUCGAUUUAAACGGCUCGUGUCCGUCGGAGCUUAGAGUGAAUAGCGUCGGAGGCACUGGCGUUGGUGGGAAGGGGACGGUGGCGAUGGCUUGUAAAAGCGCGUGCGAAGCGUUCCGAGAGCCGCAGUAUUGCUGCAGCGGCGCGUUUGGGUCGCCUGACACGUGUAAGCCGUCUUCGUACUCCCGUGUCUUCAAAAGCGCGUGCCCACGCGCAUAUAGCUACGCGUAUGACGAUAAGUCUAGUACAUUUACGUGCGCGAAAUCUCCGAACUACGUCAUCACGUUCUGUCCUUCUCCCAACACCAGCCUAAAAUCAGCGGAGGAACACAGCCCAAGCACAGAGACAAUGACGACGACAAGUCCAAGCUCCGGCAGUACGACGUCAUCGCAGAUGGUCUACGAAGGUGCCCUGAACGAAAGCAGUGGUUCACCAUCUACUUGUCACGGCUUAUCAAGUCUGAUCACUGUCGCUCUCUCGCUUGCGUUUUGUCGUAUGCGGGGGUUAUUCUGACUAGAUUCUGUGUCUUAGUGUCUGCCCACGUAUGCUCAGAACACAAGAACGUAUGGGCCUUAGAAGGCCUUUUGCUCGUCCUGCCCAUGUGACGUUUGGAUUGUAUUGUUCCCUCGAGAUUGAGAUGGUGGUAUAGAGUUGUAACUUGUAAGCUUAGAAGAUAUAAUUCUUUUUCAUGUAAUUCUAAUAUGACUGGAUGACAUAAGAAAGGUAGGGAUUGUUACUAUAAAACAAUUUGACUUGAGAAGGAA